GGUUCCUCCCCGCGGGUAGCAGGCAGGGGUGGCGCGCAGGCCAGGAAGCGCGGCGUGGCAGGACUGCCAUGGGCGAGGCCGAGGAGCAGCCCCCGACCGGCCACCGCCGAGCGCCCACCCCGCGACGCUUCCAGCUGCUGCUAUUGCUGCUGCUGCUGGUGGCGGAGGCUCUGGCUGGCAGCUCUGCAGCGGCGAAAUCGGAGUCGGAGUCGGCGCCGCCGCCGCUCUUGGUAGCCACGCUGGACGGGCGCCUCCGCGCAGUGAGCCCGGCCACGGGGGACGCCCGGUGGACGCUGAAGGAGGAUCCGCCUCUGCUGGUGCCCCGCGAAGAGCCCGAGCCCGCGUUUCUCCCCGACCCCAGCGAUGGCAGCUUGUAUGUGGUGGGGGGCAAGGACAAAGGGGGGCUGAUGAAGCUGCCUUUCACCAUCCCGGAACUGGUGCAGUCUUCUCCGUGCCGCAGCUCUGAUGGCGUGAUCUACACAGGGAAAAAGGAGGAUACCUGGUUUCUUGUGGAUCCGGCAUCGGGGGAGAAGCAGAGUGUGCUGUCGCCAGAGGCCUGGGAUGGGCUGCAUCCCACAAGCCCUUUGCUGUUCAUCGGACGCAGUGAAUAUGUCAUCACCAUGUAUGACACAAGGACCCGGGAGCUGCAGUGGAAUGUCACCUACCUGGAUUACUCCGUUUCCAUCCAUGAGCAGGACCCCGACUAUAGCGUGGCCCAUUUUGCCUCAAGCGGAGACGGUUGGCUGGUGACCGUGGGCAAGGAGAACGGAGAGGUGCUCUGGGUGCAGGACUAUGGAUCCCCCGUGGUGGGCGUCUACAGCUGGCACAAGGACAGCCUGCAUCGGGCACCCCACCUCAGCAUAGCCAUGGAGAGCCUGCGCUACCUUAUCCUGCACGCACAGAAGAUCCCCCUUCUCAACUGGACCUUCCGGACUGGCAAGGACUUUGCAGCCAAGGCCCCUUUGCUCACAACCCUUUAUGUGGGCAAGUAUGCGGGGGGCUUCUAUGCAUUGACGUCCCUGGUGCAUGAAGGCAUGGCCCUGGUGCCUCAGGGGGUUUCUCUGGCCCAGGGCACCGGUCCCACCACACGUGAAGUGACCCUCCAAAGGUCUGGUGAGUGCAAGAUCACACCCAGCACGGGCAUCCAGUACCCACCGGGCACCAUCUUCCUCCCCCACAGCCAGUGGCUGCUGAUAGGCCAUCAUGAGAUGCCCCCGCUAAUCCACACCACCAUGCUGAGGGCCCCUCCGGGCAGCCUGCGGAGGACCCCACACGACUCCCGCGCUCACAGCCUCUUCGGAGAGUUCCUGGCCCCUGAGGGCCCGCAGGAGGAUCUGGCUGAUGGUCGGCCCUGGGGGGAUCAUGCCGCGAAGGAGGCCCCAGUGGAAGUGGAUCCCUCCUUUGCCAGCUGGGAGCUGGUUGUGGUUGGCGUGGCUUCCAUCUGUUGGGGCGGGGGGCUCCUCUGCCUCCUGCUCUGGAGGGCCCCUCUUGAGCGCAGCUCCAGCCAGCAGCCUCCUGUGUCCUCCAGCCAUUUCCCAAGAAGGACUCCCGAAGGGUCCCUGGAGCUGGACCAGGGGGCAGAGCUGCCCUCCUCCUCAGCCUCGGUGGAUAAAGCCUCCCUCCAGGGCCCUGGUCCAGCAGGCAUUGCCCCAGAGACAGUGACGGUGGGGAAGCUCUCCUUCAGAGCCCAGGAGGUGUUGGGCCGGGGGGCCGGGGGCACCUUUGUCUUCCGAGGCCGCUUCGAUGGGCGUGAUGUGGCCGUGAAGCGGUUGCUUCCGGAAAGCGUCCGCUUGGUGGACCGCGAGGUGCGUCUGUUGCGAGAGUCGGAUGCACAUCCCAACGUGGUGCGUUAUUUCUGCACCGAGGCUGACGGGCAGUUCCACUACAUCGCCCUGGAGCUCUGCUCUGCCACCCUGCAGCAGUAUGUGGAGCGUUCCCUCUUCCCUGGGAAGGCCCUGGAUUCUCUCUCCCUGCUGACCCAGACCAUGUCCGGACUGGCCCACCUGCACUCCCUUAGCAUAGCUCAUCGUGACCUGAAGCCCUGCAACAUCCUGAUCUCAGGCCCCGACGGGCAAGGCCGGCUCCGAGCGGUCAUCUCCGACUUUGGCCUGUGCAAGAAGCUGCAGGGGGAGCAUCAGACCUUCAGCCUCGGCUCAGGCAUCCCUGGCACCGAGGGAUGGAUCGCACCCGAGAUGCUCAGGGAGGACGCCCGGGAGAGCCCGACCUGUGGGGUGGACAUCUUCUCCGCCGGCUGCGUCUUCUACUAUGUCCUGUCCCAUGGGCAGCAUCCCUUUGGGCACAGCUUCCAUCGCCAGGCCAACAUUCUGGCAGGCACCUACCAACUGCCGAGGCUCCAGCAGGACACUCACAGCCACAUAGUAGGGCGGGACCUGAUAGAAGCCAUGAUCAGCAGUGACCCCCACCUGCGCCCCUCAGCCGCACAGGUGCUCUGCCACCCCUUCUUCUGGGGCCCUGAGAAGCAGCUGCAGUUCUUCCAGGACGUCAGUGACCGCCUUGAGAAGGAGCCGGCAGAGGGGCCCCUGGUCAGCCUCCUGGAGACCGGGAGCCUGGCGGUGGUGCGAGGGAACUGGCAGCUGCAUCUCUCAGCCCCACUACAGGCAGACCUCAGGAGGUUCCGGAGAUACCAGGGCAGCUCAGUCCGGGAGCUCUUGCGAGCCAUGAGGAACAAGAAGCAUCACUACUAUGAACUGCCCAGCAACGUCCAGGAGGCCCUUGGCAGCCUCCCCCAUGGAUUCCUCCAGUACUUCCUGGACCGUUUUCCCUGCCUGCUGCUGCACACUCACCAGGCCAUGCGCCUAUGCGCUGCUGAGCAGCUGUUUCAGAGAUACUACUGCCAGGAGUGAGGAGCAUUCCACACGGCAGGGCAUUUCUUGGCCCCUGCCUUCCCACACCUCCACAUCUGGAGGGACCGAUUCAGCACAGGGCAUCUGAGCCCCACCAGCUCCCUGGCAGAGGUGUUUAUGCGGGGCCAGAAGCUAAUCCGUGGGGCUUCCAGGAGGCCUCACGCAGAGGGGCAGAAGGGGGUGGGCUUCCCAAGAGGAUCUGUUGUCUUCCCUUCAAUUCUCAGCUGAAGAGAGUAGGGGAGCAUCACCUGUCCCCAUGGGCUGCACUGCUGAUGCACGGUGGGCCUUGCAUAACUUGAGCCUGCUGUGGCCAUUCCAGAGAAGGGAUCAUCCUCUAAAGGCAGCCAGAGGUGCUCAGGCUGGGCUCUGCCCUGCCCCUUCUCCCCCUUGGUUCCCUGCCCCAUGGCAUUUUAUUCCCAGGCUCAUCAUGAAUGGGGAUGCAGGGAGCAUCUCCAGUUGCCUCAGAGACCUUCUGGGGUGGGGGUCAGUAGCAGAAAUCUGGAAUGUGGGGUUUAAAAGAAAAGCUAGCAGCACAAGGGAAGCAAGCAGGAGGCCUCUGCUCUGCAGCUGGAGGGCCAUCAGGAAGGAAGGCAGUUUCUUCAGCCAGGAAGCAGCAGGAGGAAGGAUGGCCGGGCAGGGGUUCCCCUUGAGCCCAGUUGUGCUGAGAAGGAAAUAUCAUAACUACCUUUUAAUUCAUUGCACUUACACAGAAGCCCAGGUGUGGACUUGUUUUAGCCAUAAUUUGAUGUAUUAGACAGAAUUAGAUCAGAUCUGAACAUCA